AUUUAGGAUUAUUGGGAACAUCUUUUCCAUUUGAAGCCAUGGAUGGUUGAUUGAUUGAUUGCCAGUGAAUCCAGUUGUAGUAAAUGUAGAUCGAAAGGGCAUCACUAGGGAACAAUAGAAAUUAUAACCAUAUGUUUCACCAAUUGAACUUUGAUUUUUGAACCUUGUGAAGCUUUGUACAAUUGUUCUUUUGUAUAAUUAUAGUGCAUAUGUUUUUAAGAAAGUAUGAAAUGACUAGUACUGAAUUUAGAUCCUCCACUAUAUAUUAUCCAACUAGUAGUUUAGAACUACAUGAAAUUAAACAUAUUAGGCUUUGGGUUAUAAAAAAAAAAUCACCCCUUCCCAUUUCGAAUACCCAACCUCAAAAUCCUGGGUAUGCCCCACCUCUAACCCACAAGCCACAGGCGUAGGGUGCCGGCCGGUGGCCACCACACGCACGCCCAGCCCCAGCCCUGUGAUCGAAUCAACUAUGGUUGUGAUUUGUGCAUGUGAACAACUUGGUAGUUUAAUGUUAAAUGUUGUUGCCAUUGUAGAAUUGGUAGGACUUGAUGAAUCAUUUGGCUUUAUUUUUAGGGCACACUUGAUGUUGAUGAUUUGUCAUUGGAUGUACAAAUGAUCUGUCUCUCAGUCUUUGCAAAGCAGACCACAUGUUAUUUCAUGGUUCAUAUAUGGUUCAUGGUCCCAAUGAAAUGAUUGGUGAGCUUGUCAAAGUAAAUAUAUUAGGAUGGAUAAGGUGACUCAAGCUGUUGAGAACCUAAAGGAGGAAUGGAAUCAAGCUGUUGCACAGCUUGAAGGGUGCAUUGCUGCAAUUGAAUCAUGUGGGAAGAUGGGAAAGGGGACAGAGGAAGCAAGUUCACUUCCUAGGUUAAACGGUUCUGCACAGGAUGCACUGCAAUUGCUCAAUUCACUACAGUGCAGACUUGAUCCUCUGGCAGAGCAGCUACCCACUUUUGAAGAAGUACAGUCUGGCCAAGCAACCCUGCAGUCAUGGAAGGAACAGUAUCAGAAGCUGCGCAUGAGGCUGAGAAAUGCUAACUUACAAGCAAAUGCAAACAUUAAAAAAGCUGCUCAAGAAGAGAGGGAGCUUCUUCUAGGGGGUGGAGAAGAAUCUACCAUCCGCAGGCGUAAUCUACAGACAAAGGCUGGGAUGACAUCGGCUGCAGAAAGUAUAACCGAGAGCCUCCGCCGAUCUCGCCAGUUGAUGGUCCAGGAAGUGGAAAGAAGUGCAAAUACCUUGGCAACAUUUGAUGAAUCAACAAGUGUUCUUCGUAAGGCUGAAGGUGAAUAUCAAGGACACCGCUCUUUGCUGAUGCGUACUCGUGGUUUGCUAUCUACAAUGCAACGGCAAGAUGUUCUUGAUAGGAUCAUCCUUACCAUUGGUUUUCUCAUUUUCUCCUUGGCGGUGCUAUAUGUUGUCUCGAGACGUAUUGGCCUGUUGACACUGCAAAGGAAGCUGGCCGAUGCCAUCAGAUCAGGCUCAAUAUCAGCUGAAGACGUUGUAGCAAAAGUCAAGAAUGUGCCUGUCCCAGCACCUGCUGCUCCUGCUCCUGCUCCUCCUAUUUAUGAUGAACUAUGAUUUACUUUUGUGUAUUGUUUGUACAUGUAGAUUCAGAAGAAAAUAUUCACCAUCAUUGUCAGUUUUAUAUAGUAAACUUUAAAAAUUCUGAUUAAGGUCUCUAUUAACUUUUUUUACCGAGGAAAUGCAGGAGCUGUGUCAUGUGUUUCAAGUAAUAUUUGCAAAUGGAGGAUAUGAUUGGGGACGGA